AAAGCCCACUGUCUGUAGACAAGGAAACAAACGGAAAGGUUUAGGUCGCUGGUGCAGGAAAGGGUGGAUCUGGGCAUCACACCUCCGUUUCGCCUGACUCCAAAGCCCGACUUUGCACUCACAGUGAUAUUCCUGGAUUGUGUUUCAGCUGCUGAAAUGCAUAUAUUGUUCCAGUAUUGUAUAGUCAUCAUGGUCCCAACACCUGUCCACCUUGAAAUGGAGGUACUCAGCAACCUUGGAGGGUUCUAAGAUUUUGUGCCUGUCCUCCGAUGAGCUGCCCUGAAGCCAACAGACCUGGAGUCCCUUGGCAUGGAAGGCUUGCCUCAGAACCAACAGCCAAGCAGGACUUCAAUGUCCAGGGCUCCCCCCGUGGAGCGGUACUUUGCCAUGUUAGAGAGCCUUUGCAAGCAACCCCACCACCCAAAUUAGGUCUCUACCUGUCUCACUGGUGACCAGGUGUUACAAAUUGAGAGGCAAGCAGAGGAAGUGCUUUUAGUAGCUGCAUCACAGCCGUAGCACUGACCAGACCCCACUGGUGAUUUGAAGCCCAGUAGCCCAAGGACUGCAGUCCGACUCUAACUAGGUGUCUCUCUGUUCUUCGGCGUGCGUGUCUGUACACUGUGGGUGAGCAAAGUGCCUGUGUCAUCAGCCUCCCCAGCCUUGAGAGGUGUGUCCUGACCAAACACACACACAUACACUUAAGUAGGGGUAAGAGGCCCUCCUCUGUGUCCCUAAGGUACUGUGAUUUCAAUUCUGCCACCGCUCUUCUCACACAAUGUGCAGUGGUCAUCUGCUUGCAGACUACACCCUGUGUGAUCCCUGUGUCCCCACUGAGUCCAGUGAACUGACACAUGAAUUCGGGUGGUGCUUAGAACAUGUUUCUUCAGUGAAGGAGGGACCUUCACCCAGGGUCCUUCAUCCCAAAGGGCAGCUCGUGUACCGGUUAUGACACAGGAGGAUGGAGUAAACGGGACAUCUCUGUACUCAGAUUCUCUGUGAGGAGGAGGAAGAUUGGAUCUUUUGUACCAUCUCUAAUUCCAGAAACUUAAAGAGGCUAUAGAGGGAUUUUCAAUGUGUGGGUCACUGUUGCCCCAUCGGCCACAGUUCUGGUCUCACAGUGGAACUUGGGUCAAGAUCCUUGGAGCUCCAGGCAACUCAGAGAAUGUUUUCCAAGUCCCGAGCGACUGGUGCACAGAGUAGGUGCCCACAGUGAUCUGUCCAGUAGGUGGAUUGUUGAGUGAAUUAAGGCUGCUAGUUAAAUAUGGGAUGAUCUGGCAAGAGCACAAAUCGCCUUGGGGGACGGGACAUGAACACACGGGUGAAGGCUGUGUCAAUCCAGGUGACUGCUGUCAGCCUCACAAGAAGGCGCUCCUCCUCACUGUCCUUCCAGCUCUUUGUCCAAACCUGCCUCUUCUCUAAGUGGUCCUCUCCAUGUCCCUUCUCUGCCUAACUUACAGCCCGAUACAGGCUGUCAUUUGGCAUCUGUGAUCCUUGGGUGUCCUUUGCAGUCCAGCUGACUGAACAGAAGCUGACUCAGCACAGCAGGAUCUAGUGCCUGUCACCCGUUGUUCUCCCCUGCUUUCUGUUAGACUCUCACUCCCUUCCCCUACCCCCCAGCUGCUCCAGCCUUCUGGCAGUAUCUGCACUGUUUCUGGAAGCCUCUGCCUCAGACACUUCUUCCCAACUGUUCCCUCUUGACAGGAAAGUCCUGACCCCAGAAAUGUGCUUGUCAGAUUCCUCUCCCUGUUCACAAUGUUUGUUGAAAGGUCACCUCUUCGUGAACCCUGAAUUCACACCCUUGGGGAUACUUUCUAGGUUCUGCUUUUGGGGCUGACAGAUCAUCUGGAGAGGCAUUGCCAGCAAACGUGUGGGGGCCUGGGUCUAAGAGCCAAAGAGUUUGUCUAGAACCAAAGAGAAGAACCUGGAGAAUGUCCUAGUAUUCUGACUAAAAGGCAGAGGGGCACCCAAGAAAACGGGAGGUCAAAUUAUCACCGAAGGCAAGCCAGCCCCUGAGCAGCUCCUCAAAUGAGUGGAAUUGUGUUCAUGCAUCACUUGUAGCCUGAACCAUGGGCCCUGAAUGCUGAGGGAAGAUCCCUGCUCUCCAGUAGCCAUAGUCUGACCAGAAACUCAGAGGAUAAGGCCCUGCCUGCAAUAGCUGAGUGCCUGUUGUCUUUGGGGCCACUAUGUCCAGACCUGGCCAUGCAGCUUCUGUUGUUCUAAGAUGGGGAUGGCAGUACCUGCCUUCCUUGCUUCCAGGGCUCUUCUGACAAACACAAGAUGGAAAGCGCACACACACACACACACACACACACACACACACACACACAAAGAUCAGAGAACUGGAAAGAACCUAGGUCCUUGAUGGCGUCACCAGACCCCAGAAUAUGCCCCGCCUGCACCCACCCUUACUUCUGAUUUCAUUCUGUGUGAUUGUGAAUUGCCUUUGUGAUUAGACCUGUUUGAGGAGGGGUUUCCUCUUUACUCACAGCACAAAGCAGACUUCUGGAUAUGAGGAGCAUCGUGGGGUUUGGUUUUCUUUUCUGUGGGAGCCAUGUCGUGUCGUGGGUAAGGGCACAAGCUCUGUUCCUAAACAACCUUCCUUCCAACUCAGUUCUGCCACUUGCAGUCCUGCCAUUUUGAGAAGUGUACCUGGCCCUGUGCCUUACUAUCCUCACCUGUGAAAUGGGCUUAUUAUUCUUAAUAGUGACAAUACCAAGCAGAGAGGGUUGCAUUUGUGAAUACAUAAUGAGGUAAUGCAAGGAUGGUUCACAGAAUUGCAUCUGCCACAUUCCCUAUCUUUACACCUACUGAUGCUGCCAUGGGAGAGGUGGCAGGUCAGGCUUUACACCACGUGAGCUAGAGCAAAGAACAUAAAGAUCACAUUACACGUCUGUGUUCAGCCCUAGAAACUCUCCUCCUCUGCCACACAUUCUCAUCCUUUGCGUCAUGCACGGACGAUCCGUCACCAGAGGGCUGACUCUCCCACCUGCGGACCACAAAUACACACCGUCUUACACUGUGUGCAUCAAUCCAGUACACUCCAGUUAUGUCCUCAGAUAGCCUGCCCUGGUCCUGGUGCCGGGGUGGGGGUGGGGGGUACCCCAGGGCAGGUAACGGAGCACAUGAUGUUCCCUUACACCCACACGGCAUCGGAAGCUGUCUGCAUCCUAGUGCCUGCCUUUCUUUCCAGACUCACCUCCCUCCGCCCUAAAAUUCGGAUUACACUCACACUGGAUUCCAGGGCAGACCCUGCCACUUCAGUCUCUCUCCUUCAGCCUCAAAUUCCUCCUGGUUAAAGGCAAUAAUCCUGCCUACUCAAGGUUUGUUGGGAGACCUCCAGGAGACAACAAAUGUAAAACACCUAGCUGACGUUAGCUGGCACAUGGAAGGCACUGGAUAAGAAACAGCAUUAUCUAUUUCGCUUCUUUAAUCCACAGCACCUGGAAUGCAAAGGCUUCCUGUCUAGACCAAGGGCCAGGUGGAGCUGUGAGCAUGGACCACACCUCCAUGGAUCCACUCCGGAAAUGCAGCUCAACACUGAUUUCUGAGUCUUCCCCGAUGAUCUCUGAAGAGACCUCCCGGGAAGUCACGGCAGCCUCCUCUCCUUCCUUCUCGGAACUGCUUAUGAUGGGCCUGGGUGACCUCAAAACCAGUCCUGGCACCAAAUACCCUGCCCCUCUUCCAGAGGGGCUGCUCCAGCAGCGCUACAGAGAUGAGAAAACCCUACAAGAGAGGCGGUGGGGAAGGUCAGCGUCCCCUCAGAGGAAGAAAACCCUUCUGGGGCACAUGAGACGGCGGCACCUCGAUCAGGUGGCACCUUAUCGGGUGGAGAGGAAAGCCAGGAUCUCCUCCUCAGGUGAUAGAGAUCAGAACAGAUUCAGAUGCGAAUGUCGAUACUGCCAGAGCCAUAGGCCAAAUGUCUCUGGGAUGUCUGCAGAGAGGAAAGGGGCCCCCCAUGCUUCCUCCUGGGAGACACUGGUACAGGGCCUCAGCGGCUUGACCCUCAGCCUGAGCACCAGCCGACCUGGCCUGCUGCCCGAAGGGGUGCUCCAACAGCAGGAAAGAGACGAGAAGCUCCAACUGGAGAUGCAGCAGGAAAGCAAAAGGAUGUUUCAGAGGCUCCUAAAGCAGUGGUUGAAAGAAAACUGAGGCUCUCAUCCUCACGUGACACAGGUCUGAAUGGCUCCAGACAUGAUCCUGAGCGUGGAUUUCUUUUGGGGACCAACCAGUAAGCAGUCGUCAGAGAAGUGACAAGAGCAGCGUUGAUGACUGAAAAUUCGAUCGGCGUGAGCCCUCAUCCAAUCCCAGGAAGGUCCUGUCUUUCCUACCUUGAAUUUGUGGAUCCCUGUGGGGCUUUCUAUGGGACACCGCAUACCCCAGGGGUCCGCAACUUCCUUAUUAUGGCUCCCGUGAUGCAUGUUGUCACUUUCCCACCCCGAACUCUGCCUCUCCUCCCUGCCUUGUUGUCAGUACAGUAGAGAGCUUCUCUGUAGCAUGAAUGCCCCAUUGUCGAUGGCCAUGUGCUUUUGUGCCAUUUCACGGACUGCCUCCCAGCAGCAGCACUGGUCUGCUGGAAUGGACGUGUGCUGAACGGAGAUCCACUUUCAAGAGACUGACGCUAAAGGAGGUGCAGAAAGGGACCUGGAACUGGAACUUGGUGGUUCACUGUUGUGUUGUCUGUGUAAGCCGUUAUGAGUAUGCUGAGCUAAAUGUAGAACAUUGUUUCCCUGCUUUAUAACACGGAUGGUAUUCCCCUCGAAGGAAUUUCUGACCCGUUACCUCAUCAUCCUUGCCAAAUAAAUAUACAUAUAAAAAAAACCUAACUUUUGCAUUCAGGUUCUUUAUCCAUAUUGGGUUGUUCUUUGUCAGGUGUGAGGUCACCGCAUUUAAAUUCUAGAGCAGCAGAUCACAGUUUAUCAGGAGGUUUGGAGCCAGGCCUAGAGGGCACCAGGGAACACCAUCGAGUCACCGUUUGCAGCCCUGCAGCACGAGCAGCCUUCGGAUCAUCCGGGCAGAGCAAGUUGAAGAGUCUUCCUGCCCACAGAGAGCUGGAAGCACAGCCCACCGCCCACGAUCCAGUGCUGUGUAACCCAGGAAGUGCCCGUGCAGUCCCUCUGAACUACAGAGAAAGUCUGCUUGCGCUCAGUCUCCGUAAUUAGGUAUCAGACAGUAUUCUACAUGUCUCCAUAUAUCAGCUUAUGGAAUCCACUCCCAGAACCCAUCAUUGAGCAAGACUUCGAUCUCACUUUGUGUGUGAAAAGCAGAGUACAGAGAGGUCAGAGGCCGGGGGUGAAGUGCGGAGAACCAGUGACUUUGGUGGACGUUUCCCAGCUGGAAGCCUCAGGUCUGGAAUCCCAUGGACCUGGCUGCAGUUUCCCUGGUAACCAGCCUCAUCCUUAGCUUUAACUUCCGGCCACAGGAAGAUGUGUAGAGUGGGGAGGGGUGUUGUCCGCCCCCCACUGGGCCCCCUGCCACACUCAGCAACCCAGUGUGGAGACACAGCAGAGAGGUAACCAAGACAAUGGAAAUCCCACUGCCUCAAGGCCCUUCCCUCUCCCCUCUGCCUGCCUGUCAUGUAAAGAAGGGGACGCAGAUGCAUAAACACACUCCUCCGUCCUGUAAUUGUUCUAAGUGUGGCUGUAAAAUAAAUAUGUCACAAACAGCUCCUGACUAAUAAAUACAGAAAGCAAACUGAUGGCUGCUGCAGGGAAGGGGGUGGGUGGAUGGGACAAAUGGGUGAAGGGGAGUGGGAGAUACAGGCCUUCAGAGAAGGAGGAAUGAAUAAGUCAUUGCAUCAGAGGCAUAGCACAGGGAAUGUCGUCAAUUGCUGUCGUAGCAUUGUAUGGUGACAGAUAGUGGCUACACUUGUGGUGAGCAGAGCAUGACACUAGACAUGUUAAGUCCCUGUGAUAUACACCUGUGACUAAUGUAACAUUGUGUGUCAACUUUACUCAUGUAAAAAAAAAUAGCUCUUGAAAGAAGACACAUAAGGAAUUUUUGUUUUUAAAUUUCAGUAGUAACACACAUGGCUCUAAAGUUCAAGAUUCUAUUUAAACCAGGACAGGUGAAGCUCAGAGAUGCUUCUCAACAUCAUCUGUGCAUCAGAUCUUUCCUGGAGCAGUUUAGAAUGACUCAACACCUAAAAAACAGACAAUCCAAUAAAUAUGGGCAGAAGUCAUGAACACACAUUUCUGCAAAGAAGACAUACUGACGGUUAAUGGGCAUAUGAAUAGAUAAUAGGUACCGAUCAUCAUAGGGGAAUGCAAAUCAAAACCACAAUGAGCUAUCACCUCACACCUGUCAGAAUGGCUAAAUUCAAACACACAAGAGACAACAGGUGUCAGCGAGUAUCUGGAGAAAGGACCCCUCCUGCACUGUUGCUGGGAAUGCAAACUGGUGCGUCUACUGUGGAAGAGUAUGGAGGUUCCUGAAAAAGUUAAAAAUAGAACUACCCUAAGAUCCAGCUAUCGCCUACUGGGCAUUUACCCCCCAAAAUGUAAAAGCAUUGAGGCGCCUGGGUGGCUCAGUUGGUUAGGUGUCCAACUUCGGCUCAGGUCAUGAUCUCGCAGUUUGUGAGUUCGAGCCCAGUGUGGGGCUCUGUGCUGACAGCUCAAAACCUGGAGCCUGCUUCGGAUUCUGUCUCCCUCUCUGCCCCUCCCCUGUUCGUGCUCUCUCUCUUUCCCUCCCACUUCCCUCCCUCUCUCUCAAAAAUAAACAUUUAAAAAAUUGUUAGCAGCACCUGGGUGGCUCAGUCGGUUAACUGUCCAACUCUUGGUUUUGGCUCAGGUCAUGAACUUGCAGUUUGUUAGUUCAAGCCCCACAUCAGGCUCUGUGCUGACAGUGUGGAGCCUGCUUGGGAUUCUCUCUCUGCCCCCAAACCGCUCGCUAUCUCUCUCUCAGAAUAAAUAAAUAACCUUAAAAAAAAAAAAUGCAAAACACUACUUCAAAUGGGAUGCAUUAACUCCUAUGUUUUAGCAGCAUCAUUUGUUAUAACCAAAUUACAGAGGCAACCCAAAUGUCCAUCGAAGGAUGAAUGGAUAAACAAGAUGUAUAUAUAUAUACAAUAGAAUAUUAUUCAGCUAUAAAGAGAAUGAACUCUUUCCAUUUGCAACGACAUGCAAGGAGCUGGAGAGUAUUAGAAAUAAGUCAGUCAGAAAAAGACAAAUAGCAUAUGAUUUCACUCAUAAGCAGAAUUUAACAACCACAAAGAAUGAGCAAAGGAAAAAAGAGACAAACCAGGAAACACUCUUAACUAUAGAAAACAAAGGGAUGAAGGGGAUCCUGAGUGGCUCAGUCGGUUAAGCAUCGGACUUUGUCUCAGGUCAUGAUCUCAAGGUUCAGGAGUUCAAGCCCCACGUGGUGCUGUGUGCUGACAGCAUGGAGCCUGCUUCAAGAUCCUCUGUCUCUCUCUCUCUCUCUCUCUCUCUCUCUC